UAGACGGUCCACGAGAGCCGAUCCGACGGCUAAAAAGGCAAAGGAACCAAGAGGAACCAAUGGAAGAGGCACCAAGUGCAUACUAAAUGGUGGGGUCAUAUGCACUAAGUGCAUACUAAAAUUGGUGGAAGAAACCCACUAGGAUAAUUCUAUUUUUGAGAUUUAUUUAUGUAAUUAAGGGUAGAAUGGUAAAUAUAUAUUAGAAAAAUAAUAUCUAACUAGUAUAGAAAUGAUUGAUUGAAUUGAAGUAAUAUAUUGUCACAUGUUUUCUCGACCUCUUCGAUCUGGCCACUCUCUCGUCUCUCUUCUCCAUUCUCACUCACUGCGGCGGCGCCGGCUGCGAGGGCAAGGGCAAGCGCAAGGGCAGGGCUGCGGCAUCCAGGGCGCGGGAUCCAUCCUCUGCAGUCCCCGCUGCCGAAGAGUGCGGGCAGCAAGGUGCGUUCACGGGCGUGGCUGUCUGAAGCGGAGGAGGCGAGAUCCGGUCCCGCAUAGAUCCACCAGAGCCGGGCCAGCUGUACCGCCACCGCCGACCUCGCCUUCGUUUGGCUGCUGCCGCGUCGGCCAUGAAGGAAGCAGGAGGAUGAGGUCAGAGGAAGCGCUGGCGGGGCGGGCGCAGCCCCGGCCGACGGCGGCUCCAACUCCAAGACCACCCUCUUCGGCAUGCCGGUUCUCGUCGCGGUGGGCGCCGCCGCCGCACUCGUCGCCCUGCUCGUCCUCUCCGCGGUGGCCGCUGCCCUCUUCUUCGCGCGCAGGCGGGGCGCCAGGCCGCCCUCGCUGUCGCGCGUCGAGCACGCGCCGUCCUCAGCCUCCGCCUCCGGCUCCUCCCGCGCGGCGUCGUCCGCGCGCAAGGAGAAGGUCGUCGGCGCGGACCAGGGCGCCGGCGGGGCGGGUGCCACCGCCACCUCCUCUGGCGUGGCCAGCUCCUCCGCGGCCGCGAGCUCGCUCGAGUCGCCGGUGAAGAGGAAGGCGGAUCCGGCGCUCAGGGCCGUCGGCGGCGGCGGGGGGGCACCCGCGGCGGGAGUCGAGAUGGAGAUGGGGUGGGGGAGGUGGUACGACCUCACGGAGGUGGAGGUCGCCACGGGCCGGUUCUGCCACGAGAACGUGGUUGGGGAGGGAGGCUAUGGCACGGUGUACCACGGCAUCCUUGCCCAUCCGCGCUCCAGCUUCAUAGCCGUCGGUGUCUCCGUGACGAUCCUGGCGCUUAGCUCGUAGGACAUGGCGAGCUUCGCGACCUUCUCGUCGCCUCCUGCCUUGGCCUUGGCGAGGGCGCGCUCGGCGACUUGGAGCUGCUUGCUGGUCGCGUCUAUGGCUUCCUGCUUCUUGGCCGGCGGGGCGGUGGCGAUGACAUCGUCGAAGACCUUCUUCAGUGUCAGAUUCACCUCGUUGAUCUUCUUGUCAGCUUCUGGGGACGAUUGCUGAGGCACUGGUGGCGAAGGAGCGGCUUCCACGGCGGCUGUGAUGGUAGCAACAAGGAUGAUUAGUAGGAGGAUCAUCACGGCGAGGUCGUCGCGGUCAAGGACUUGUUUGAUCAGAAGUAUCAUGCAUCUUACAAACCACCUGAAGGAGUUGGACGAGAUGGCUAUCAAACUUAAGGCAGACUUCGAGGAUAUGAAAUUGAAGUUAGAGCUUGACCGUUCCAUCGCUGACAUCGGAACAAAACAAAAGCGUCAACAAAAUGACCGGUACAUAAUAUCUCAGCGAAAACUGUUGGAUGAAGGGUCUACCAUUGAGCAGAAUGACGCUGCUAUGAGUAUGCAGGUCGCACUGCGUCAGAUGCUGAUGCAAGCAUUAUGUGAUCAGCGUGCUGCCUUUGCCGAGAAGAUGAAGCAGGAACGCGACGUCUUAAAAAUAUAUAAUUCAUGAAUUCAAGAACUAAAAAGUCUGAAAACCUUAAGAACGUUCUCUCAACUGCAGUUUGGAGAUUAUCAUGAAAACUUUCAUGUCAUGUGUAAGUGUCUCGCACAAUACUUUGAAACAGCAGGUCCUGAAACAGUAAUGCUGCAGAGAAAGAAGGUUAACAUGAGGCUUCAACUGACAACUGUUUCACAACAACUUAUAUAGAGGUUCUGAAUAAAGAGUUUCCAAGAGGGGUCGAUGUCAUAUACGAAACAGUAGGCGGGGUAACAUUUGAUGUGUGUCUGAAUGCUCUAGCAGUCUAUGGACGUAUCAUUGUAAUUGGUAUGAUCUCUCAGGCUGGAUUUUUUCUGAUUCAAUAUGCGCACCUGUGGAAAGAUCAUCUUGAAAAACUGUUUAACCUGUAUGCUUCUGGAAAGCUAAAGGUAUGGUUCACAUUUGUGCCUCUCUUGCUACCACGAGCAAUGGUUCCUUUCUUAAUGCAUAAUCAUGACCUUUC